GUCGCGAUGGCUGCCAACCCCGACCUCGACCGCGUUACGGCGCGCCUCGUUGCCGAGCUUGCCCUCGAGGAUCUUGCCGCGAUCGAGGGUCGUCGCAAGGGUAAAGCGCGCGAGGAUGUUCCCCCAACGGACGAAGACGUAGCGAUGGCGGAGCAGCUGCUGAUCUACGAGGCGAUGUUGCAGGCGAUGGACGACUUCCGGUUCGCGGAGAGCUUGGACGACGCGCUUGAGGCCGAUGCGAGAGUCUUGGCGGCGGAGCAGGCCGCGAUGGAUGAUCGGCGCUUUGCCGAAGCUCUGGCAAACGGGCAGGAUCUGCCACGCAGGUCAAGAGCGCAGGAGUUGGCAGAACAAGGCUGCGUCGGGUUAGAACCCGUAGACAAUGCUGAGUCUACUGGUGCGACCAGCCCCGCGACUCCCUCGACAAGCAACCUGGGAGGAAAGACAGAUCGCAUCGUCAUCGAGUGCAUCGUCUGCAUGGACGAUAUCGCGACCCAACAGCGCGUCCAAGGCCCCUGCGGCCACUUCUACUGCCGUCACUGCAUCCGCCAACUUGUUGCCACUGCCCUUCAGGAUGAGUCCCUCUGGCCUCUCCGCUGCGACAACCGCCCCCUCCCCGUCCGCGCCAUCCGCGCCCUCCUCGACACCGCCACCCAGCGCACCUUCGACGCCAAAUCCGCCGAGCUCAGCACGCCCGCCACACGCCGCCUCUACUGCCCCAACGCAACCUGCUCCCACUUCCUCGGCGCGGCCGACCCCGAUAGCCCGCGCGCCGACGUCCGCUGCCCGCGCUGCAACACCCUUGCAUGCUCGUCCUGCAAGGAAAGCGCACACCCGGGCGCCGCGUGCGGCGAGAACCAGGCCGCCGAGGCCGUCCGCGCGCUCGCACGCGCGUCUGGCUGGCAGACGUGCCCCGAGUGCAAGAACAUCGUCGAGCUCAGCCAGGGCUGCUUCCACAUGACCUGCCGCUGCCGCGCGCAGUUCUGCUACCUCUGCGCGGCGCGGUGGAAGAACUGCACGUGUCGGCAGUGGGAUGAGGACCGGCUGCUGGACACGGCGCGGCUGCGAGUGGAGAACGAGCUCGGCGCGGGUGCGCGGCAGGCGGCGCCGAAUAUCUUCAGGGAGAGGGUCGCGCAGCGGGUGGAAAGAUUGAGGUACAACCACGAUUGCGGGGCAGACGGGCAUCGGUGGCGGAAGCAGUACGGUGGCGGUCGCUGUGAGAGCUGUCACCAUCACCUUGCGCUAUAUCUCUUGUUUUGCAGAGACUGCGCGAUGGCGGCGUGCGUGCGGUGUGCGCGUAACAGGCUGUGAGCUGUCCAGGCUCCUAAGCUCCCUUCUUUGGGCCGUCGACGCUUGCUUUCUCACGUCAAUGAGCUCUUUCUCAACGAGACUGACCGAAUUUCCAUCUUGACGGCGUGGCUGAUCCUCCUUGUACAACAAUGAGAGGCGUGUGACGGAACCGUGGAUCCACAUCGAAGAAAGAAUAUAUACGUCCGAAACGGAGCCCAUCUUCACAUAAAGUACUGCGUUUGGUUCUGUAACAUUCGCGUUAGCAUACGACAAGCAUACGUUAAAGUCCA